GCAAUAGAUCGACCCCACCACUGCAGUGUGCAUAGAGGUCUGCAGAGGCCUUUUUCCAGCCUUUCUUCUUGCCAAGGCUUGUGUUGGAUCGACCAUCAGUGUAGCAGCGGGUGGGAAAGUCCUUGAGCUAAUCGACGUGAGAACAAGUGCAAGAUUGUCGUUGACUGAAGAAGCACGGUAACGGCAACAUGGCGGAUGCUGCGUUCAAGGGAGUGGGCCAGAAGCCAGGACUGCAGAUAUGGCGUAUUGAGGAUAUGAAAGUGGUCCAGUGGCCGCAGGACCGCUAUGGCGACUUCCACACCGGUGAUUCGUAUAUCAUUCUGAAUACCAAGAAGAGGAGCACGGCUCUGGAGUGGGACAUUCACUUCUGGCUGGGCAAGGAAACAUCUCAGGAUGAGAAGGGAGUCGCUGCCUACAAGACAGUUGAGCUGGAUGAUUCCCUCGGUGGUGGCCCAGUCCAAUAUCGUGAGGUCCAGCACCAUGAGAGCAAUACCUUCCUCAAGCUGUUCAAGAAGGGCGUUUCGUACCUGGAAGGUGGAAUCAAGUCAGGUUUCAAGGCCGUCGACCGUGAAGCAUUCGGCAAGCGCAUGCUCCAUGUUAAGGGACGCAGAAACAUCCGCGUCCAACAGGUUGCCUUCGAGGCCAAGUCGCUCAACCAGGGUGAUGUGUUCAUCGUUGACCUUGGCCGAAAGAUCUGGGUCUGGAACGGCUCAGAGGCCAGCAGACUGGAGAAGAUGAAGGGUCUGGAGACGGCUCUGAAGAUCCGCGAUGAGGAGCGCCAUGGAAAGGCCAUUAUCCACGUCACAGAGGAGGCUGAUGACAAUGCAGACUUCUUCAAGGAUCUUGGAACGAAGGAAAGCAAAAUUGCGCCAGCCAGCGCUGCUGCAGAUGAUGCUGCCUUUGAGAGGAAGAACGCCAGCAGUGUGAAACUGUUCAAGGUAUCUGAUGCCAGUGGUUCACUCAAGGUGGAGGAAGUUGGCAGCAAGCCGCUCAAAUACGCCAUGCUCGACACCAAUGACUGCUUCAUCUUGGACACUGGUGCAAGUGGUGUUCAUGCCUGGAUUGGAAAGAAGGCCACCGCCGACGAGAAGAAGAAUGCCAUGAAGAUUGCAACAGGCUUCCUGGCAGAGAAGGGCUAUCCAGACUGGACUCCAGUCACACGUACUGUAGAAGGUGCCGAGACGCCAAUGUUCAAGAACAGCUUCUCAGACUGGCCAGAGAGAAAGCAGACUGGCACGUACUCCAAGUCACGCGGAGUCGCUGCUGGCCCCAAGACCCCAGCAAAGGUUGAUGCCAAGAGCAUGCACCAGAGAGCGGAGGCCGAGAAGCCACGUCAACCAGACGACGGACAGGGCAAGGUCCAGGUAUGGCGUAUUGAGGAUUUCAAGAUGGUUCCCCAGGAACAGCACCUGUACGGCCAGUUCUUCGGCGGUGACAGCUACGUUAUCCAGUACACGUAUGAAGUGAACGGCGUUGAGCACUUCUACAUCUAUUUCUGGCAGGGUCUGACGAGCUCCCAGGACGAGCGUGGUGCCUCUGCACUGCAUGCAAAGGAGCUGGAUGACAGCCUCGGAGGUCGUCCCGUGCAGGUGCGCGUUGUCCAGGGCAAGGAGCCACAGCAUUUCUACAGCAUCUUCAAGGGCCGCAUGGUCAUCCAUGAAGGUGGCAAAGCCAGCGGCUUCAAGAACAUUGCAGACACAGACUCGUACGAUACCGAUGGCACAAGACUGUUCCACGUCAAGGGAACAUCAGAGGUCAACACACGCGCAGUCCAGGUUGAGGAGAAGGCCAGCAGCUUGAACAGCAAUGAUGCUUUUGUCUUGGAGACACCCACGGCUACAUACAUCUGGUGUGGAAAGGGAUGCAGUGGAGACGAGAGAGAGCUGGCAAAGCAUGUCGCUCAGGGUGUAUCGAAGAGGGAACACAUCUUGACACUGGAAGGAAAGGAGUCUGAUGAGUUCUGGGCUGGCCUCGGAGGCAAGACCGCGUAUGCCGACAACCCACGGCUCUUUGAUGAAGUGCAGCAGGCACCACCACGCCUCUUCCAAUGCAGCAACGCUACUGGUGGGUUCCGUGUCGAGGAAAUUCCCGAGUUCACGCAGGAGGAUCUGAUUGAGGACGAUGUCAUGAUCCUGGACACAUUUGAUCAAGUCUUUGUCUGGAUUGGCAAGAAUGCCAACGCUGUGGAGAAGGAGAUGUCACUGAAGACCGCCGUGGAGUACAUCAAGAGUGACCCGGCCCAGCGUGACCUGGAUAGCACUAACUUACUUCAGGUAAAACAAGGUUACGAACCAAUCACCUUCACCUGCCACUUCUUCGGAUGGGAUCCCAAGAAAUGGGAGAGUGCACGAUCUCUGGAGAGCAUGAUGGACAACCUGAAUGUCGGCGUCACCCUCGUAUCUGACGAACUGUCCAAGUAUGAGAAGAAGCACUCCUUUGAUGUACUGAAGUCCAGCUGUCCAGAAGGUGUCGACAUCGUCAACAAGGAGUACUACUUGGAGGACUCUGAGUUCGAGAAGGUCUUUGGUAUGUCGCUGUCAGAGUAUGACAAACUGCCACAGUGGAAGCGAAGCAACUUGAAGAAGAAGUGUGGUCUUUUCUAGAUCAUUUGCACUGACUAGUCCCCCUACAACACGACACAUCAGCCACGUGCAGUCUUGUGCCACUGAAGCCAGCUGCUGCCUUAAACGCUAGGAGUUUGUCAAUUUGCCACAAUGUAGUAGCUUGUCGCUUCUCGUUUAUGUCUUGACUCUUCUUCGUGCCUGCCUUGCUGCUUGGUCAAUAUCACCAAGUGUUAGCAUUCUCUGACUGUUUAGUCCCAAUUCCUGACACAUUCGACAUGAUUGAUAAUAAUGAUUAUGAGGACGACUGCCAUGCUCCUUUCAAACAUAUUGGCGUUCUAGUGCUUUUCACUUUUUGCCUUGCGCCCACCUAUAAUACCUCAUGUUCCUCCUCAUCUAUUCAAAUUUAGUAUUGAACAAUAGAAAGAUUCUAUUUUCCUCCA